UAAGUUCAUAGAUAUUAUUAUGCAUCUGAGCAUAGACGAUAUCUAAGUGCAUAACAAAAAUUAUGCACUUAGAGAAUCUCCAGUUGUCUCCCAAUAUGUUUCCUAAUAAUUACUCGCUCCAUUCUCUUUUGAUAGUACUAUUUUCUCAUACCGCAGUGACCAAGAAAAACAAUCCUACCUAUCAUCCUACUUAUCAUCCAUUUAAUCAUAUUAUUAAUUAGUCCUCGUAAACAAGCAAAUCAUUAGAGCCUAUAUUUCUUGAUGCCCAUGUAGCCAAUCUCGGUUGGAAGAACGAAGAGUCACGCAUCAGACCGAAGACAACCAUUAACUGGAUGGAUAGUUGGACUGAAAUAAGACGAUCAAAAGAGAAUCUUUCAGAUUUGAAAAUAUGCCUAUCAAAAGCGAACAGAUGGAGUACUUAAUAAGGAUAUCUCAAUAUCACUUUUACCGUUAUCGGAAGAGUUGCUUUUAUAGUCUUCCAAUAAUCUCAGCCCAAUCCAACUAUUGUAUUGGAAGAGUCACAACUACUCCUUUAUUUAAGAAGAAUUAUAGUGAAUUAUUGGGUUGUCUUAAUACUUAUCGGGAAAGUUAAAAGGAAGACUGUUGGACCCAGGAAAUCUUUACCUAUUAUUAAAGCAAGUAACGUCUCUGUCUGGAUUUUUCGUCCGUCGUGGUCAUUUUGCAAAAAAAACCCUGACGUUUCGUGAAAUCAACCCGCAGUCCACUUUUGAAGAGACGGGGGGCUCGGUUGCUAAAAAGUGCAAAGGGAGGGUGUUAAAGGUGAAACGAGUAACGUCUCCGCCACGUCCGUCAUCCUAUUUUUCAGAAAAACCCCUGAAGUUUUUAGAAAUCAACCCGCAGUCCAUAUUGUAAAGAGAAAGGGGUUCGGGUGAUAAAAGGAGAGAAGAGGGGGAGGUUCCUCGAAAUAGUGGCAGCAUCAGUCCCCACCCGAUUACUGCGUCAGCCACCAAGAAAUCGCUAGGUGCACCCGGUAAGUGCACACGUCUUUUUACCUAAAGCCCUUCCCUUGUCCCAAAAAUUCCUCAAAAAUUCUCAAAAAUACUAAAUAAUAUCCUAUGCCUGUCCACGGCUUUCUUUUCUAUUUUUCAUCUCAUAUGAGCUCUAUUUUUCUGUAUCACUGGAGCAACGUGUGAGCGGGUCCAUAUCCAACCGCGCGGAGACCGCACACGCAACAAACUGCCGGAGCAACGUGAUAAAAAUGUUACGCAACAUGAUAAAAAAUAUGGUGCGCUAUAUGACACGAUAAAAAACAUUGUCGCUAAGUAACGUCGUUUCGCCGUAGCAACGCACGGUCAUCUUGCUAGUAAGAAUAAGAAAGAAAAGGAAACGUGGGCAUACGCGUCGCAGUAAACUUGAGGGAAAAGGCGGCCGGUCAAUUCAUCGCUCGUUGCGAGUCAAACACUCUCACUCGACUGUCGACACUCGUUGCCAGUCAAACACGAUCUCUAGACGAAUUGGAUUUCCGAGCUAACACAGAAGCAAAGCUUCCGAACAAAGUGACACAUUGGCCAAGCUUGCAUUAACAACUCGAUCAAUCAGACAAAUCACUCAUCCAGAUCCAGUCUACCUGCCGCGGAGCGAUGGAGGGUGACCGGAGCAGCAGGAGAUGGCUCUUCGUGUCGCCGAACCCGGCCGUCGCGGCAGCCGGGGAGCGGAGCGUACAGCCGUACCUCCUUGACAUCCACGGCUGCCUGGACGAGCGCGGCCCGCGGCCCGUGAUCCCGCUCAGCAUCGGGGACCCCUCCUCGGCCCCCUCUUACCGCACCGCUCCCGAGGCGGUGGAGGCCGUCGCCACCGCCCUCCGCUCCGGUCAGUUCGACGGCUACCCAUCCCGCGACACAAAAUUCUCAGCUUGCCGAGCUGUUGCAGAGUACCUAUCCUGUGGUCUCCCUUACAAGCUUUCCCCUGAUGAUGUUCUGCUCACUUCUGGAUGCACCCAAGCAAUCGAGACUGUGAUGUCUGUUUUUGGCCAACCAGGUGUCAAUAUAUUGCUCCCAAGGCCUGGUUACCCAAAACAUGAAGCGCACGCUGUGAUUCAUAACAUGGAAGUACGCCAUUAUGAUCUUGUUCCGGAGAGAGGUUGGGAAGUUGACUUGGAAGCUGUUGAAGCUCUUGCAGAUGAGAAUACUGUUGCAAUACUGAUUAUUAAUCCCAAUAACCCUUGUGGCUCUGUGUAUAACUAUGAGCAUUUGUCCAAGAUUGCAGAUACAGCAAACAAGCUCGGUAUGUUAGUCAUCUCAGAUGAGGUCUAUGGGAACCUUGUCUAUGGUAGCACUCCUUUUGUGCCAAUGGGUGUUUUUGGGGAGACUGUUCCAAUACUCACUCUUGGAGCUAUAUCAAAGAGAUGGGCUGUACCUGGCUGGAGAUUUGGCUGGAUAGCAAUUUGUGACCCAAAAUGUAUUCUGAAAGAAACCAAGGUUUCUAAUUCACUGAGAAGCUUCAGAAUGCUAACAGGAGAUCCUGCAACAUUUGUUCUGGGAGCUAUUCCUCAUAUUAUGAAGAAAACAAAUGAUGAAUUCUUUAGCAAGAUUAUCAAGUUGUUAAAGGAGGCUGCAGAAAUAUGCUACAACGAAAUAAAGGAAAUCAAGUGUAUUACCUGUCCCCGGAAACCAGAGGGGUCAUUUUUUAUGAUGGUGAAACUAGAGAUAUCACGGUUGUCCGACAUUAGUGACGACUUGGAUUUCUGCAGAAAGUUGGCAAAGGAGGAAUCAGUCAUUGUAUUGCCUGGGACUGCCUUAGGCAUGGAAAACUGGUUGCGCAUCACCUUUGCUUCGGAACCACCAAAACUGAAGCAAGGCCUUGGAAGGUUUAAGUCCUUUUGCCAGAGGCAUGAGUCACAGGUCAACUAGGGAUAUUGGCGCGCUCCGCCGUGCUAGUAUAGCAGGCGCGUGGAAAUAAAUAAAUGAGCGUAGACGUGAAGGUAUUUUGCAGCUAUAUAGAGACGAUGGGUUGUUGUCUUGUCACACUUCAUAUUUUUACUGUAAGUAUGGUUUAACUUGAAAAAUAGAAAUGAACAUUUGCUGGUACAUUAAUCAUUCCAUUGGAAGAGUAAUGAUUAAGAUACAUGUGAUACAGAAAAAAGUACGCAAUAAUA